AUGAGGCGGCGGCUUCGCUUAAGGCGGGACGCGUCGCUCACGCUGCUCCUCAGCACCGCCCUUGGCCUCCUGCUCUAUGCACAGCGCGACGGCGCGGCCCCGACGACGAGCUCGCCGCACGCAAGAGGGAGGGCGGCACCGAGACCCACCCUGGGGCCCCGCACGUUCCAGUUACCGGACGUGGGCGCAGCACCUCCGGCCUACGAAGAAGACACGCCGGCCCCGCCCACACCCACGGGCUCCUUUGACUUUGUCAGCUACUUGCGAGCUAAGGACCAGCGGCGCUUUCCGCUGCUCAUUAACCAGCCACACAAGUGUCGUGGCGACGGCACACCAGGCGCCCAGCCUGACCUGCUCAUCGCUGUCAAAUCAGUGGCAGCAGACUUCGAGCGGCGCCAAGCCGUGCGCCAGACGUGGGGCGCUGAGGGUCGAGUGCAGGGGUCGCUCAUACGCCGUGUGUUCUUGCUAGGCGUGCCCAAGGGCACGGGCACAGACGGGACAGUCACCAUGGGGGUGGGCAUACGAACGCACUGGCACGACCUACUGCGUGCUGAGAGUCGAGCAUAUGAGGACAUCCUGCUCUGGGCCUUCGACGACACUUUUUUCAACCUCACACUUAAGGAAAUCCACUUUCUGGCCUGGGCCUCAGCAUUCUGCCCCGACGUGCGCUUCGUUUUUAAGGGCGAUGCUGAUGUGUUCGUGCAUGUAGGGAACCUGCUAGAGUUCCUGGCACUGAGGGAUCCGGGUCAGGACUUGCUUGCUGGUGAUGUGAUUGUGCAGGCACGGCCCAUCCGUGCACGUACCAGCAAAUACUACAUCCCUGAAGCCGUGUAUGGCCUGCCAGCUUAUCCUGCCUAUGCUGGUGGCGGUGGCUUUGUGCUUUCAGGGGCCACGCUGCGCCGCCUGGCCAGUGCCUGUGCACAGGUUGAACUCUUCCCCAUCGACGAUGUCUUUCUGGGCAUGUGCCUGCAGCGCCUGCGGCUCACCCCCGAGCCUCACCCUGCUUUCCGCACCUUUGGCAUCUCCCAGCCUUCAGCUGCCCCUCAUCUCCGUACCUUUGACCCCUGCUUUUACCGCGAGCUGGUUGUAGUGCAUGGACUCUCUGCUGCUGACAUCUGGCUUAUGUGGCAUCUGCUGCACGGCCCACAAGGACUAGCCUGUGCACAUUCACAACCGGUUGCUGCAGGCCCCUUCAAAUGGGACUCAUAGGUCAUUGGAUCCAUCACAGCCCAAGCUCCUCUUAAGACUAGGAUGGGGCUGGGCAUGGUGGCUCUUGCCUGUAA